UAUAAAAGUCAAAAAUGCCCUAAAGGGUAAUCAAAUAGAAACUAAUCCAAUUGAAUUUUUCAUAAUUAACAUGGAAAUGUAUACAAUUAUACGUAGCACCUACGAGUUCAAUGCGAGGAAAGGUUUCACAACUUGUUUUCUUCUCCCAGUAAAAUACAAUUUUUUUUCCAACAUCCAAGCUGUAUGGAUAUGGGUUUUAGGUGCCUAGUUAUGGAUCACACUUUUUUGUUACAUUCAGAUUCAGAUGGUAGCAAUGAGUCCGUUAUAGAAAUAUAUUUGUGUUCACAGGGUUGCUGAUUAAAAUUUGGAUGUAAACUAUUUAGUCAAAUAGAAAACAAUUACAAAAAUAUGAUUUUAUGAAAGACGAAAGACUACUAUUAGCCAUGCGCACAUAGGUUGUCCCCGGUUGCCAUUUUGACACCUGUCACUGUGACAUACCCAAAAAGUUUGGUUAUAUUAUUGUAGUAGUACCAAGAUGAUUGGUGUAUGUAUAAUGGUAAUUUGAGGAAUGCUUACAUAAACUACCUGUGAAUAAUAAUAACAAAAAAAUGGAGGCAUCGCCUCCUACAAAACCCCCUCGGGGGGUGAAACCCAUCAAGAAAACGAGUGGACUCUUGAUGUCAGUGAUUAGGACUCUUUCUGCCAGCGAAACUAAUGAGCAGAGAGACAGGGAAAAGGCAAAAUUGGAAACUGAUUAUAAAAUAUGUGAUCAAAAGCUAGAUGAACUUGUGUUAAACCAUGAGCAAGAUCUUACAGAGGUGAUGCAACUAUUUGGUUCUAUCUCGCAAAUAGUUAGCUCAAACAGAGAAAGAAUAAAAAAAGUCAAAGAGAAUCUUCAAGAUUGUAAAAGAAAGCUGAGAUGUAGAAGAGAGGAUCUCAAGAGUCUUUGGGUUGAAGGCAUAGAAUAUAAAUACAUGCUGCAACUGUUAGAAGAAAUUGGAAAAAUGACUGAAGUACCUAAUAAGCUAGCUACCUUCAUGGCCAGAAAGCAGUACCUGCAUGCCACAAACCUUUUAGUUGAAGCUGUAACAUUGGGUAGGGGUACUUUAGAAGGUGUUGAAAGCUUGAAAGAACUUAGCCAAGAACUUGAACAGAAAAAGGAACAACUUCACUUGCAGUUAUUAACUGAAUUGAAAGAUUUUCUAUACACAAAACCAUCUCAACAAAUCUUGUCUAUACACAGACAAGGAUCUGGUAGAGAUGGUCUCAUAACUUCACCACUUCAAAGAAGUACAGAGCUUAGAAAGUCUAGUAGGAAUAGAGCUGCAGCAAGAAAUUUAUUUGAUGUUUCAAGGAAGGAAACCAAGGAAACUUCAAGUGACAACUUUGCCUAUUUAGACAACAUUGAAAGUGUAGAUCCGGACGAGAAUCCAAUUAAUUUUGCAGCCAUGCUGAUAAAAAGUUUGUGUAUUUUGGACAAACUGCCAUUUGCCAUAACUGAAAUUGUUCAAGACAUGCAAACGUCCCUUUUUCACAUCAUCGAACGCGCCACACAUUAUGUUAAAGACUUUAUAGAAGGAAUGGACCCAAAACUGGUUCUGAAAGAACUUAUUCAAAUACUCUUUCUUCAAUUCAAAGAUGUCGCAGAUUCUCAUCGCAUCAUACUCGGCUAUAUUGAGAAAGCUUGCAAAAUAUAUAAAGUUGACACUAAGAUCUAUAACCUGCAAUUCUACUGGGGACAAGUCCAAGAAGUGCUGCAGUCAUUUCUUUCUUUCUAUCUGGAUAUCCAAAACACAUCUGGUGAUUUGCAGAUCAAUGAUAAUCUUGAUACCAAUGAUAUUUCUGUGUAUUUUUCUAGAAGAAAACAACCAACAAAGAAAAAGGCAUUGUUUAAGUUUGAAGGUUCAUCAAGUGCUCUUACUCUAAGCAGUACCAUUAAAUCUGCAAAAAAAGACAAAGUACUUAUAUGCACACCCCAUCCAAACAACAUACUGACAUUGUUUAUACCUUUCAUGUGCUUCAUCGAGGAAAUUGAACAGAUAACUGGUGUUAAACAUGGCACAUGUGCUCUUUACCAGUUCUUGACGCAAUACGUUUUGCACGAAUAUUUGAAAAGAAAAUCCAACGAAAUACUAGAGCAAAUUGAAUGCGCUGUUAGGGCACCAGAUGCUUGGAAAAGUGUUGUUCUUUUGGACAUUUCUUCAGAUUAUAAGCCAUUGUUAGUUAAUACUGUCACAGUAGAAAGAUGUAUACGAGAAUGGAAAGCAGUUCUCCAAGCUUUGCCUCUCUAUGGAGACAAGAUAGCAGAAUACUCAUAUAAAGCUUUAAGAGAGUACAAAGAUACGUGUUACGCGGUUUAUAGGGGAAUAGUACAGCCUCAUACUGAAGAUAGAAGAAUAUGUAGUGCAGCCUGGUUGAAAGAUGAAGAUAUUAGUAGGUUUUUAAAAUCUCUUCCAAACUGGCAGCAACUGAAACAGCAACAAGAAUUCAGGGCGCGUGGCGAAAGAAGAAGUGGAGGAGGCACGUUACGCCGUGCAGGUCAGCAACCCUCUUUAGACGAGGAAAGUCCCGAAGAUAUCAGGGUAAGGAACAGAAGGGAGGCAGAGAUACUAGCUGGGAACCUAGGAGAGGGAGGAGUAGCUGCAGGGGAGAUACUGUCUGAUAUGGGCUUGUUGAGAGAAUUGGCUCAGCUACAGGAAAGCAUGGAAUGGUUCUCUGUUAGAAUGUUCCAGUUCACCAGCGAAUUCCGUCAAGAACCAUUGAAUCUUUCACCACCAAAGCCAGAGAACAACCACAUAGAUUUAAGUCCACCUAUUUCACCUACAAAUUUGCAACAGUUGACCAGCAUCGCACAAGAAUUUGAUGAGUUAGCAAACACUUGCUUACUUUUGCUGCACUUGGAGGUCCGUGUUCAGUGCUUCCAUUAUCUAUUAGCCCAAAGUCACCAGAAUAAGGAAACCCACGAACCAGAUCCCAAAGUAUUAGAAUUAAGUAGAGUACUGGCUAAUGUUGAUGAAGCAAUGACUAGUAGUUUACAUCCUAGGAAGUGUAAGUACAUAUUCGAGGGAUUAGGACACCUGAUAGCGAAAAUCCUAAUUAGUUCUGCACAGUACAUGAAUGUGAUAGACGAAACUGGUAUCCAAAGGAUGUGUAGGAAUAUUUUUGCUCUACAACAAACGUUGACAAACAUAACCAUGACCAGGGAGGUUGCAUUGGAUCAUGCCAGGCACUAUUUUGAACUGUUCUUCCUUACUCCUGAGGAAAUUCUUAAUAGUAUAGUGGACAAAGGCACAGAAUUUUCCGAAUUAGAAUACAUGAACGCCCUGCAGCUGUUGAACCGAAGUAAAAAAGACCACGUAUCGGUCACUGUGCAUCUGGAACGAUUGUCCGACAUCCUAGGAGAAGUGGGGGUUACAGUUUAGCGGAUCAGAAAUUAUCUAGAACUAACAAGUGUAUUAAUAUUUGCUACUAUAAGUGAUUAUUUAUUACAGUACUAUUUACGAACUACGAAACGUUAUCAUGUAAAUUGUUGAAGUAUUUUUUAUUAAAGAUGAUUAUUUAAAAGAA